AUGAUGCCCCUGAAAAGAAUCGGCCCUCGUGAAAGUAAUCUUUCCGACGAAUUUGUGAAUCCUUCCUCAUCUCAAUUGCUAGCAAUGGCCGUGUCACAGAGAAUUCCCGUGGCGGCUGCUCCACCUGCCAAAGGUGUCAAGCAGAAUGAACCGAAGACCGCCUCCAAAUAUACAGACGGCGCGUCCGACGAGUUCGAGUUUGGAGGCUCAGUCGGCGCUACACUGUUGAUGACAGGCUUUCCCCUCUUGAUGUGGUAUAUGUGGAUUGGCGCAACUUACUAUGAUGGCAUGCUUCCUUUGCCUGAGUCCAACCAGACGUGGGCUGACUUUGGCCGUCACCUUUGCCAACUGGUUUACGAGGGAGCCUACCCCACCGCCAAAGCAUGGGCAAUCUACUGGACCUUUUUCAUCAUGGAGGCACUGAUGUACUGCUAUAUGCCUGGAGUUUUGAAUUUCGGCCGGCCCCUGAGGCACGAAGGCGGCAAGAGGCUUCCCUACUACUGCUCCGCUUAUUGCAGCUUCUACGCGACGCUUGCCAUUGCUGCCACCUUGCACUUUACCGGCGUGUUUCCUUUGUACACACUGAUUGACGAAUUUGGUCCUAUCAUGAGUGUCUCUAUUCUGUCCGGCUUCCUGAACAGCUUCAUCGUCUACAUCCAAGCUAUAGUGCGUGGACGAACCCACAGACUAUCGGGUUCUCCCAUUUAUGAUUUCUUCAUGGGUGCUGAACUGAAUCCCCGUAUUGGAAUUUUGGACUUCAAGAUGUUCUACGAGGUCAGAAUCCCGUGGUUUAUUCUGUUCCUUAUCACCUGCUCCGUGGCGGCUCGCCAGUACGAAACAUAUGGCUAUGUCUCGGCCGAAGUAGUCUUCCUGGCCGGAGCGCACUACCUGUAUACCAAUGCUUGUGCCAAAGCCGAACAGAUGAUCAUUACAAGCUGGGACAUGUAUUUCGAAAAACUUGGAUUUCUGCUCACCUUCUGGAAUAUGGCUGGUGUGCCUUUCACUUAUUGCCAUUGUGCGCUUUACUUGGCCAACCAUCCCCCAUCUGAGUAUCACUGGAACCGAUACGCCCUCGCAUUUUUCUCUGUCUUGUACGUAUUUUUCUACUGGAUGUGGGACAGUGCGAAUGGCCAGAAGAACGCCUUCCGUCACAAGGAAAAGGGCCAGCUUAUCAAGCGGAAUACGUUCCCUCAAGUGCCGUGGCAAGCCAUUGAGAACCCCAAGACAAUCCAGACAGACACAGGCGAUCAUAUUAUGGUCGAUGGCUGGUUCGCAAUCAUUCGAAAGCCAAACUAUGUACCUGACAUGUUCUUUUCUAUGUCAUGGGGCCUGAUUACCGGUUUCAAGAGCCCAUUCCUUUGGUUCUAUUUCAUUUUCUUCAUGGUCAUGAUUAUCCACCGCACCAACAGGGAUAUCAACCGAUGCCGAAGAAAGUACGGCGAGGCCUGGAAGCGCUAUGAGAAAGAAGUACCCUACUUGUUCAUCCCUGUAAGUUUCAAAUAG